AUGCCCCGCCGCCCGCCGCCCCGCGAUUACUACGAAGAAGACGAAGAAGAUGAGAUUUACGAGAUGGACCGGGAACGUCGACCUCGACGAGAUCGCGGCUCUGAAGAUGUCGAGUACAGUCGCCGAAGGUCUGAGCCGCUAGCUGAGGAUAUGGAGCGAAUGCACAUUCGAGAACGACCCAGGCGAGACUUCAUGAAAGAAAGCUUUGAGCGGCCGCGGGAGGAGGUAGAUAUGGUACUGCAAGAGCGGUCUAUGCCUUUAGAUCGCGAGGAGGACUACAUGAGGCGGUCGUCUGUGUCCUGGGGCAGACCCCGCCCUCGUGAGAUUGACGAGAAUCUCAUCGUUGAGGAACGAGGAAGUCGUCGGGGCAGUCGGCGCAAACCUCGGGAGAUCGAUGAAGCUUUAGUUGAGGAAAGGGAAAGGGAUGGUGACAGGAUGCGUCGCUCAGUACCAGAUCUCGAAGAAGACGAUCUGAUGGUUCCACGAGAGAGGCGCCGAGGAAGCAGGCGUCAGCCUCGAGGAAUUGAAGAUGACGAUAUGAUUAUCGAAGAAAGAGAGAUGCGACGAAGAAGCAGGCGUCGCCCUGAACGAAGGUCUGAAGACGAUCUUCUGAUUGAAGAGAGGGAGCGACGCAGGGGAAGCAGACGUCACCCCGAGCGCAGAUCAGAGGAUGAUUUGAUAUUCGAAGAAAGUGAAAGACGCCAAAGCAGGCGACACCCAGAACGAGAAAUCGAAGAAGAUCUUAUAAUUGAGCAACCGCGAAAGCACGGAAGAAGACGUCGUCCACAAAACGAAUUCGAGGAAGAAGAAAUGCUCAUUCGACGAAGAGAAAAAGAGCAACCCUUACGUCGUGGAUGGGACAGCGAGCGCGACAUGCGGUCACAGGAAAGACGCUUCGAGUUGGAUGAAGAAGAAAUAUAUAGCCGGUCGAGACCACGGCCUCCGCCUGCUAAUCGGGUCGACGUUGAAGAGGUUAUGCUUGAUGACGCUCGCCUAGACAGACGCAGGAGUCUGGUCGAUCGAUCUGAACGAGAUUUCGAGGAAGAAGACGUGGUCAUUCGGCGGAAGGGCAAAGAUCCACAGUCAGUCGACCGUGGCAACGAGGAGAUAAUCUUCCGCGAACGGCGCGGACGACGUCGGAGCGCUCCUUCAGAAAACGUCGAAGGCGAAAUGAGAGGUUUGCGCCGAGGGCCUAGACCAGAACACCCGUUAGACGAAGAAGCGGACAUCCCCUUGCAAUUUGACGCCAGAUCCCGCCCGAGAGAGCUUGAAGAAGAGGAAGAAGAUAUUCAUAUAAGGAGGACCAAGAACAAGCCUCCAUCUCGCCGACCUUCACCUUCCAUGGACUCAAUACAUGUGCCUCCGAUUCAUCAGGACGUUUUUACUCAUCAUAGGCACAUAGAUCACGGCUACGAGGAGGCUCAACCACCUUUAGAAUUGCGGCCUCGCAGCGGUAGCAUCAACGAGAUCGACAUUCGCCAUCGCGGCACAAGAAAACCAGCGCGUUCCGUGGCCGACUUGGAGGAGCUAGACAUUGAAACUCUCCGAGAACUGAAUCGAGAAUCCAAAGGCAAAGAUGACUGGUCUUUGAUACAUGCUCCUACAGCGGCUGAUGCAAUCGAAAUGUCCGGGGCGUUGGACAUUGUUGAAAUUGAGCCUCGUCAUGCACCGAUAGACCAAGUUGAGACGGGUCGAAUUGCCCAACAGGUUGCAGACGUCAAAGAUCCCCGUGAUUCCAGGUGGACCGAGAUUACGAAGAAGCUGGUGGUAAAAGAAGCCAUUGAACGAAUGGGGUAUGAGUAUGAAGAGACAAGAACUUUUUACUACAUUUUCUCUUACCUCCAAUCGGAGGAAAUUGAAGAGCUAGUUGAACUCUCAGAUGAGAUUCGGAGUGCGCGCCGCAGGCGCAUUCGAGACAUUCAACAAGAACGGUCUUCUUCCAUACCUGCCCCUGCUCCUCCCCGUAUCAGACCUCUCCGUAUGGAGAGCGAGAAUGGAUGUAUGAACCUCGGCGAUAAUGCCCAGGUGUGA